AUGCGAAAGUCGUUCAAGGAUUCACUGAAAGCUCUCGAAGCUGAUAUCCAGUUCGCCAACACCCUGGCAUCUGAGUAUCCAGAGGAGUGUGAUGGUGGCGUCGUCCAGAUGAGACUGUCUUACAGCCCCGCGGCUCACCUCUUUCUUUUCCUUCUUCAGUGGACUGAUUGUCACUUCGCUGGCGCUUUGGGAUUGCUUAGGAUCUUUAUUUAUAAGGCAUACAUUGAUGGGAAGACCACAAUGUCGCUUUAUGAACGGAAAGCUAGUAUCAAAGAGUUCUAUGAUGUGUUGUUUCCUUCCCUAUUGCAACUUCACGGAGGGAUAAACGACGUAGAAGAAAGGAAACAAAAGGAAAUAUGCGAGAAAAGAUAUCGGAAAAAGGACGCAACAGAGAAAGGAAAGAUGUCAGAGGUGGAUUUGGAGAGGGAAGAAGAGUGUGGAAUAUGCUUGGAGAUUCGCAAUAAAGUUGUGCUUCCUACUUGCAAUCACUCCAUGUGUAUAAAUUGCUACAGAGACUGGCGCUUGAGAUCUCAGUCGUGCCCAUUCUGUAGAGGGAGCUUGAAAAGAGUGAAUUCUGGUGAUCUAUGGGUUUACACUUCGAGCAGAGAGAUUGUGGAGUUACCGGAGAUAAACAAGGAGAACGCGAAGAGGUUGUUAAUGUACAUUGACAAAUUGCCUCUCGUUGCUUAUGACCGUCCGACUCUUGUUCAUUAUGCUAAUGCUCCUCCCCCUCGGUGA